AAUGCUUGCAGUGGGCGUUUUGCAAAAUAUAAACAACAAAAAAUUUUCACAAUUCACAAAUUUCGCAAAAUAUUUCCAUCAAUUAAAUGUUUAAAUCAAUAAAUUUCAUCAUAAACAAUUAACUAAGAUAAACGUGGUGAAUUUUUGAUAGAAAAAAUCAUGUCUCAAAGUGGCGGAGGUGGUGUAGCAACGUCUGCUCCUGGUGGUGGUGGUGGCGUUGCUGCAGCAUCCCUUGGAGCAUCACGAAGACAUCGAGAUCUUCCUCAAGAUGGAAGCGUAUCUGGAACAUCGAUAUCAGCUCGAUUUGGAGAAACUGAAUGGGAAGCUCGUGAGUCCCAGCGGCAAAGAGAACUCGAAGAAGCUCGAGCUCGUGCCGCACAAAUGGAAAAAACUAUGAAAUGGUGGUCGGAUUGCACAGCCAAUUGGCGUGAGAAAUGGAGCAAGGUUCGCAACGAACGCAACAAAGCUCGCGAGGAAGCCAAACAAUUGAGAGCGAAUCUUGACAUUGCCAUGAAGGAGUCGAAUUCGUAUAAGCGGGAGAAGAAUGAUCUCGAGAUGCAGAUCACUCAGCUGAAGAAGGAAAUGGAAAAGGUCCACAUGUUGAUGAUGAAACAUGCUGGACAAUUUCACAAGGAAGGAAUCGACAACAGUGACGAGCCGGAGCGUGAUGGGCGGGAUAACAACUGUUCGCCUGAUAUUUCGUCUGAUGGUCUGAAGAAAGUCAACAGCGAGGAUGGUUUGGUGACCAAGGCCAUUUCAAAUGAUAUUAAAGACGUUGACAUUGAAGAGUAUGUCUUGCAAGGAGCUGUGCCAAAAAAUCUCAAUGAAUUAUUAGAUGAAGAGACAGCCGAGGAGAAACGUCUCAUCCAACAGCUAUCAAAAGACGAUUUUGAUGAAGAAUAUUUAUUACAAAAAAUCUCUAUGCUUCAACUUCGUUUGGAUGAAGCUCAGAAGACAAUUCAAGUUGAAAGAGAAGAGAAACACAUGUUACAUAAAAAUAUUGAAAAAGUUUCUGUGGAAAUUCAAGAAAUUCGUGACAAACACGAGGAGUUGAGGUCAGCUAAGCAGGAAGCAGUUCGAGAACUUUUAACACUCCAGGAACAACAUCGAGCUGAAGUGAGAAUCUUAAAUAAUUCCAUUCAAGAAGAAGUCUCAGCUAGAGAAAAUCUUGAGAGGCGUCUUUGUGAACUAAGAACUGAGUUGGAAAGAUUACAAGCAGAAAAUGCAUCGGAAUGGGGAAAGCGCGAACGGCUUGAAACAGAGAAGCUUGCUCUUGAAAGAGAUAACAAGAAGUUGAGGUCGGAAAUACGUGAUUUACAGGAGCGUUCGGAUCGUAAGGGAAGACCUGUUCUAGCAAGUGAUGUUGAGUUUCGAACAUUGCAACAGGAGCUAUCCGAAAAGAAUAAGGAAAUCGGUGAAAUAAAGCAGUCACAUUCCAAACUUAAGAAACUCCUUGCGGAGACAAACACAGAAUUGGGUCAUGCAGUUCGUCGAGCAGAACAAUAUGAAGGAGAGGUAAAACGCUUACGAGCACGAGUAGAGGAACUUAAACGAGAGUUAGCUGGUGCCGAAGAUGAGUUAGAUGCCGCAUGCAAUCAAGUACGACGUCUUCAACGCUCCAAUGAUGAACUCAUCGGCCAAACAGAAGGACUUCAAGUUCAGAUUCAACAUCUUCAAACAAGACGUUCAGUUAGUCCACAACAACGUCCCACAAAUUUUGGUUCGUCAUCCCUAACCACAGCAUCGGGCAUACCAAUUGUCUCGCACAAAACAAGUAAUCUCCCAUUAGUAGAAUGCAAACCGAACAUAAACGAUUUGCGUCAGCUUUUUGAUGAUCCGCCACGUCAUGGCGGCGGAGCACCCACCGCCAGUGGGGAAUCAUCAAAAAGAUCAAGUCAAACCGAUCGAACUUUGAAUCUAAAUCAGUCGUUUUUCGACGCCAAGCCAACGCACGUAGAAGAAAACAUCUUCGAGUCGAAGGCUCGAAAUCUUGAUUUCGAAAGAGCUAAGCAAAAAUUUGAUAAUCCACAUCACCACCAUCACCAGCGCGAGCAACGCGAACGAUCAUCAGGAAGAUUUGCCAAUCUAAAGUGCUCCUCUUCGUCCUCGAAUGCGAGUGGAAACAAUAAAAAUUCAGAAUUGAUGAUGUCCGGGUCGGGAUCGGGAUCGGUUGGCAAUGGUAAUGGUAAUACAAAUGUUGCUGUUGCUGCUGCUGAAUUGUUAAAUAAUCGUGGUGGCACUGGUGGUGGGCCAACUUCUAUGCAACUAUUCGAUGAUCAUUUCCGUUCCUCUGGUUUUGGUGGUGGCGGUAAUGUUGGUGUUGCUGUUGGUGUUGGUGGUUUGAGUAACAGUAUUGGAGGUGGUAGUAGCGUUGUUGGCGUUGGAAAUAAUAAAAAAGAUCCAUUUUCUAGAAAUAGCAUCAAUUUGGAUGGUUUGAAGGUUUCCGAUGAUGAUGAAACUCCGUAGUUAUGGAUCAACGAGCAUGCUGUUAGACGAAGAAACAGAAGGAAAUAGCGAUGAGGGUAUUUAGGAUUAGGACAAACCAUAAGAUAACCUUUAAACAGUUAUUAUUAAUCAUCACACCUAUUAGUUAGGCAUU